AUGUUUGAAAUAGAGGACCAAUUAAAGCUGGUACGAAAAUAUCUGAAACUGAAAAUCAUAGAAGAUGAUGUAAAAUUCAGAGGACAUGAAAAUGAAAGACAACAUGUUUACGAUUUAUUUAUGAAGUCAAUAGAGCAAGGGGAGUCCCACUCUGCCCUCAUUUUAGGUCCAAGGGGUUGUGGAAAGACCACACUAAUAAAUUCAGUAUUACAUCAAGUAUCAAAUGAAGUUGAUAUGAAUAAUGAUGUUAUGAUUAUAAAACUGAAUGGACUUUUACACCAUGAUGAAAAGAUUGCUUUAAAAUCUAUUACUGCUCAGAUGCAAUUAGAAAAUGUUGUGGGUGAUAGGGUAUUUGGUACCUUUGCUGAAAAUCUAAGCUUUCUACUAAGUUGUCUCAUGAGUGGAGUUGAUAGAAAGUGCAGGACCAUGAUAUUUGUUUUAGAGGAGUUUGAUUUGUUCUGCCAUAGUGGAAGAACACAAACAUUAUUGUAUAAUUUAUUUGAUAUAACACAUAAUAAGCAGGCACCUAUGUGUGUGUUAGGUCUGACCAACCGAUUAGAUGUGAUGGAAUUGUUAGAAAAACGGGUGAAAUCAAGAUUUUCCCAUCGACACAUCUUUAUAUUUCCCUGUGAAUCAGUGUUGCCAUUGGAAAACUUAAAGAAUGUUUUUGUUCAGUGUUUAUGCUUGCCAGUUUUCAAGGAAAAAGUCAAACCAAAAAGAAGUAGAAAGAGCAGAGCAUCAAGUGAUUCCGAAUCCGAUACGGAAUCAAAAUAUUCCAUUUCAAAUCAAGUAUUCCAGAAAUGCCAUAUUGAUUCCAGGCAAUUCCAGGAUUUAGAUCCGGUUUUUACUAGAAGUUGGAAUGCACACAUCCAUAGCUUGUUGGAUGAAGAAAAAGUGAUGGAUUAUUUUGAGAAGUUUAGCUAUUACAUUAUUAAUGAGCAAAUAUUUAGGAAUGUUUUGUUUCAAAUUGUAUCGAAAUUAUCUCCGAAAAAACCAUAUAUAGACCCGCAAGACAUUAUAACGACCAUAGACAAGACAGUGGCGCCGGAGCAUAGAGUAAAGCUACUGCAAUCUUUAUCUAUUCUAGAAUUUUCUCUGGUCAUAGCUAUGAUGCACGGUCUGGAGAUAUUUGACGGCCAGCCGAUGAAUUUUGAAAUGAUUUUAAAUAGGUACACAAAAUUCGCAAACGAAAACUCAUCGACGCAAUCAGUACCACGCCCUGUUAUUCUAAAGGCGUUUGAGCAUUUGCAGUCUUUAGAAAUAAUAUUGCCUGUUCGCACGGAAUCUGGCAAUGACACGACAACCCAUAGAGUGCAGAAGGAGUAUAAAUUAUACACUCUGGCAAUACCCACAGACGAUAUUAAGGAGGCCGUCAAAGGGUUUAAGGCGCUGCCCACAGAAAUUCAGCAUUGGGUUAAUAAUUCUGUUGUUUAG